GCUUUGAGCUUGUGGACGAAAACGAGUGAAGGGCAAGUGGCGGUCGUUUCGCUUCGAUGAUAUAAUAAAAUCGAGAUCCAGGGCGCGGCGCUGUGGACUGGGGAGAGAUAGAGAGAGAGUGAAGCUGCUACUGCUCUGAGUGCCGAAGUUUCCGACGAAUAGCGGCGGAGGAAGCUCUACCAUGGCGCUCCAUUCCAGUUUCACCGCUGUUGGAUACGCGAAUCCAGUUUCUUCUUCUAGGCAACGGCAACCAGUUCACCUCCCUUACGUUUCGAACAGUUCAAUCUUGUAUACUCGUCACUGUCGAACCUUACGUUUCCCGUGUUAUGAUGUUUCUCCCUCACUGAAGGCUACGUUUUCUCCUGCAUUAACUGUUACGUCUCAGGCAACACCAGAGCCUCUCAGAGUCAUGAUAUCUGGUGCUCCCGCUUCCGGUAAAGGCACACAAUGCGAACUUAUUACUCAGAAAUAUGGUUUGGUGCAUAUCGCUGCUGGAGAUUUACUUAGGGCAGAAGUCAAUAGUGGCAGCAAAAAUGGGAAGCUAGCAAAAGAGUAUAUGGAGAAAGGACAGUUAGUCCCUAAUGAAAUAGUUGUGCUGAUGGUAAAAGAGCGGCUGUCGCAACCUGAUUCUCAGGAAAAUGGUUGGCUCUUGGAUGGUUAUCCCAGGAGUCAUUCUCAAGCAGUUGCUCUUAAGGAACUUGGCUUUGAGCCUGAUCUUUUCAUUCUUCUUGAAGUCCCAGAAGAAAUUCUUGUUGAGAGAGUUGCUGGAAGAAGACUGGAUCCCGUUACUGGUAAGAUAUAUCAUUUGAAGUAUUCUCCACCUGACACUAAAGAAAUUGCUGCCAGACUUACACAGCGCUUUGAUGACACUGAAGAAAAGGUGAGGCUGAGAUUGAAAACCCAUCACCAGAAUGUGGAGGAUGUUCUUUCCAUGUAUCAAGAUGUAACAGUGAAGGUGAAUGGAAAUGCACCAAAGACAGAUGUAUUUUGUCAAAUAGAUAGAUUGCUAGCAGGACUUUUAGAGCAACGAAAGGAUGCUAUAGAAUCUCUGGCUGCAUAGAUAACUGUGCACCAUGGUUAGGUCCCUUUUCAGUAUGUGAGAUUACAUUCUUGUCAAAUGGAAUUUUGUUGUUAUCAUUUAUUCUUUCUUUCGGUGGGUAGGGAAGGUGUUCCCUAUCUAUUACUUUGCAUUUGUACUAUGGCUCUGUACAGAAGCAAUAAACAUGUGAAAAUAGCAUUAUGUAGUUAUGGGGUGGCUUGAGACGAGAAAAACCUGUUUAUUUUUUUUCUUCUUACUUUAUGGAGCAAUAUCAAUAGAGUGAUUGAAUGAAUUGAAAUUUUAA